AUGUAUCCUCAUCUCGCCGUCUGUCUCGUCGUGGCUUGUGCCUCGCUGCGGGCAGUAGCCGGCUUCACGCUCUAUGAAGCUUCAGCUCUGGGCCCUGAGCUUGGGGACAGCUGCAUAAACUCCUUGACGGCAAACAUCGACUGCCACGAGCUUGUGCGCUCGUGGGACACCCCAUCCUACCGCCCGUCUUUGGGCAAUGUUAGCCUGACGGACGAGGUCUGCGCGGGGACCUGCGACGGCUCGCUGAAGUCCUGGUUCGGCGCGGUCAGCUCUAGCUGUGCUGGCAAAGCUCUCCAUGGCAGUGUCGCCACGAGGCUAGGUGGCUACAUGUGGGCAGGCUACAACGAGACCUGUGUGAAAGACCCCGGGGCGCGGCAGUAUUGCAACGAUAUCAUUGCAAACUUCACUCUGGUUCCCAGCUACACCCAGAUGCCGCAGACGGAGCUUUGCCACACUUGCUACAUUCGCCGGCUGGCCUUUAUGCAGUCAUCUCAGUACUCAAUCUACGACGAGUUUUACAAGGUAGAGCUUGAAUACGUCUACUCAAAGUGCGGCGUGUCGGGGCCGACCGACAUCCCUCCGCCUCUCACGGUCGGGGACCCGCCAGCGGCGCCCUACUGCGUCACCGGGAAACGCUACACCACCGCCGCGGGGGACACGUGCGAGUCCAUCUCCAACAAGACCAGCGUCUCUUCGGCAGCACUGUACAUGGGGAACCAGGACCUCUUGCCGGACUGCAGCAGGGUCUGCGCGGGCCUGUCCCUCUGCGUACCUAUAACCUGCCAAACGUACUAUGUGCGGCCGGCAGAUACGUGCGCCACCAUCGAGGGGUCGCUGGGCCUCGAGUUUGGCAUCCUGCGCAACUACAACUCGUGGCUCGACUGGGAGUGCGAGAACCUGCAGCCGGCGACCGACUUCUACGGCAAGAUGAUCUGCGUCAGCCCCCAGGGCGGCACCUUCACGGGGACCGCCAGCCCCAAACCGCCACUGCCGACGGGCGUCUCGGACGGGUACACGGAAACGCGUGUCCCACCGCCCGAGUGCGCCACCGUCGCCCAGGGCACGACGCUCAACUGCGGCAGAUGGCACGUCGUGGCGCCGGGGGACUCGUGCAGCUCCAUCUGCGUGCAGGGGGGCCUGACCAUCUCGCUGUUCAAGACGGUCAACCCGUCCGUCAACGCGGGCUCCUGCUCCCUGUCGCUUCAGGAGGGCACCGCGCUGUGCACGGGGCCGACGUACAAGUGGAACGUGACGGAUCCCGCCGCCACCAAUAGCUUGCUCGGGACGGCUUUGCCGACGUUUGUCGAGGCAGAAAGUGCGUCUAGAAGCACAUCUACGGGGGAAGCGGACGCAGAUAGGCUCAAGAAGGACGAUCCCGAGUCAUUUCAUGGGCGCCUUGGCUCCAUGGCCUGGCCGCAUAUUGAUUCUCAUGCGUCGUACAAAUACAUGGCCUACGAGUCCGAGUUCUUGAGGCUCAGCAAAAAGACCCGCGUUCUUGCAGGAGGUGUGGUGACAUAG